GAUGGAUAUGAACUUACAAACCAAAUAAUUUAAAAGAGAUUGAUGAAAUAUACCCAGUAGCUACUUAGUAAAUUGGCCAGCCAACUGGUUCAGCAGGUCCAUUCAGGGCCUCCAGUUAUACCAACCUGGGAGGUAAACUGCUGCUUCUAGGCAACCAUAACUUAUAGAUGAAGAAAAAUAUGGAGUCAGUCAUGACCCUCAUGGUAUGAGUGACCCCAGCCAGUAUUGCCCAUGACCUUGUUGAAACACGCAGUCUUUUCCCACCACACACAGGAGGUUGUCUACAGGAGAGGCCAAGAAACAACUGAACAAGUACCCCGUGAUGGCAGAGUGGAGGAGCGAGCUCGGCAUACAGCUCCAUGGCCUUUAUUCAUUGCAGUCUCCAAAAUUAAAGGUGCUGGAGAGGGUGUUUGGACUAGUGCCACUCUCCCCCAGAGCCUUGUCUUUGGGCCCUGUGAAGGUCACAUUAUAAAGAAAGCUAAACUAGCAACACAAUAUGUAUGGGAGAUCCAAGGGAAAUAUGAUGUCGAGAAUGAUUCUGCCGACAAAUCCAUCAGCAAUUGGGUUCGCUACAUUAACUGUGCCAGGAAUAAUAAAGAAAGAAAUCUUUUUGCUAUGCAGAUUGAAAAUGAAAUAUUCUACAUUACCAUGUGCCAAAUAGAAAGGGAUACAGAGUUAUUGACCUGGUAUGGAGAAACAUAUGGAAACCAUCUUGGUAUAAAAGAAAAAUUUUUUAUACAACCAAUGCUAAAAAAGCCUGGUAUUGAGGGGUGGUGUCAAGAAUGUAAAAUUUCAUUCACCUCCAAGAAAUUACUUUUUGAACACCAACUAAGAUGUACAAAAGGCACCCGGAUGUACCUCAAGAAUAUUAAAAAAACAUAUGCAGUACCUAGACCAGCACCUAACACACGUAGUCACUGUCCAAAAAGAAAAUGUAAAGUAGUUCUGGAGAGUUUACCUAUUGAAGAAUACUGUAUGAAAAAGAAACUCUCCAAUCUCAUUCCAAAACAUGGUGAUGUAUGUCUUAAAAAGCUCCAGGAUCAUGAUGUUAUUUCUCAAACCUCCCUUAGAUGUGAUGUGUGUGUUACCAAGUCCAGUAAUCAUUGUGUUGAGAAUAGCAAGUUUUACGGUGAUAUUUAUCUCCAGUCUGUUCAACACAGUCUGAGCUCUGAGACGACAUCUGAUCAUAGUAUUAAUCUCAGCAGCUCUUCUUCACAGGUCAUGCUCACUCCCAACAGGUCAGCUGAUCAAGGUGUCACUCCCAGUAGUUCAUUUGACCAAGGUAUCACUCUCAACAGACCGUCUAAUCUAGGUAUCACUCCCACUAGACUUUCUGAUUGGGGCUUCCCUCAUAACCGGUGGUGUGAUGAUAGUGACAGUUCCAGCAGUCCUGCAGGUCUGGACAUCAGACAUAGAAGUUCUUGUCAUCAAGUUGUGAACUCCAGUUGGUCUUCUCAGGAAGAUGUCGACCCCAAAUGGUCUUCUGAUGAAGGUGCCAUUCCUAACAGUUUGGAAGCUAGUGUCAGUAAUAUGAGGUCUUACUCUCAAGAUAUCUACAAUGACUGCUUGUCUGAUGACUAUGUCUGUCCCAUUUGUUCAUCUGAUGAAGAUUUUGCACUCAGUUGUUCUUCUGAUGAAGAUGUCUGUCACAUUUGUUCAUCUGAUCAAGAUGUUGAUCCCAACUGGUCUUCUGAUCAGGAUGUUGGUCACAAUUGUUCAUCUGAUCAAGAUGUUAAUCCCAACUGGUCUUCUGAUCAAUAAGUCAAUUCCAACAGUUCUAACGAUUAGAACAUCUUUCUCAGCAGGUCAUCUAGGCAAGGUGUCAGUCUUAACAGGUUUUGUGAUCAGAGUGUCAGAUACCAUAGGUCAUCUCUGAUAAGGUUGUUUAUUACUCACUGGCCUUCUGACUAGCUUAUGAGUCACAACAUUCCUCUGAUGCAAAUGUCAGUUUCAUGCGGUCCAACAACACAUCUUUAGAUGGCACUGCUGAUCUAAGCUGGUUUCAGGUGAUGGCAUCAUUUUCAUUGGGACCCAAGAUUCUUGUCCCAGUCCCAGUAAGGUAGUGGACAAUGUCAGUUUCAGCAGCUCAUCUGACUGUUGUAUCUGCUUCACAGGGUUUCCAAGACAUAUUAUUAAUUAUAGUAGGUGCAAACUUCACUACAAAAGUGGUACCCAGGUUGACAACCCCUUAUCCGAAAUUAAAAAAAAUGAAAACCUCUGAAAACCGAAAGUUUUUUUGUGGAGCAUCACAUACCCCCGUUGCAUUCCGAGCUAUAUCACAAAAACUGGUUUUUAGAAAAAACUGCUUUUUUAUUUAAUUUUUAUUAUUUUUAUUUAUUUAUUUAUUUAUUUUAUUAUUUUUUUUU